AUGGUUGAAUCAAGUCAACAGUCGACAAAAAGAAGUCACCAUACUUGGACCGCUGAAGAAGACAAGGCACUUAUGGAGUGUCUUCUUGACAUAGGUCCAUCUUGGAAAGGAGAUAAUGGCUUUAAGGCAGGAUUUGCUGUUCACCUAGAGAAACAGUUACAACAGAAGCUUCCCGGGUGUACAUUAAAAGCCAUCCCACAUAUAACAUCCAGAAUUAAACUUUGGAAAAGACACUACAGUGCUAUAUGUGAAAUGACAAGUCUGAAUGGUGGGUCUGGGUUCGGCUGGAACGAUAAGGACAAGAUGAUUGUUGUGGAAAAGGGCAUCUACAAUGAUUGGGUGAAGACUCACACGAAUGCAAAAGGGCUUUACAAUAAGCCAUUUCCAUAUUAUGAACAACUCGGGCCAAUAUUUGGCAAAGACGUAGCCACAAGAGUGAAUGCUGAAGGGCCUGAAGAUGCAAUUGACGAAAUGGAAAGAGAGGCUCCUGUGUUACCUGAUACAGAGAGCAUAAAUGAUGAUUUCUUUGAGUAUAUGCAGGAUCCGACACAAAACCCUAUGUAUGAACCAGAAAUGCCUGACACUAUUACCCAAGAGGGUGUGCAGAAUUCUCUUGUUUCUAAUUCUGUCCCUAAGAGGGGAAAGAAAAGAGCCAGGAGUGAAGAUGCCCUAGUUGUAGUUGUGGCCGAUGCAAUGAAAGAGCUUACACAAGACUAUAGAAACACCAAUGACAAUAUCAAGGAACUGGUGAACUGUUUUAAACAUGAAUCAGAGGGAAGCACUAGGAAGAUGUCAGUUAUUGAAGAAUUGUCAAAGAUUGAAGGAUUGUCUAUGCAGCAACAGGUUAAACUUGCUACGAUUAUGGGAAAAGACAACUAUUUAAUUGAUACUUUUAUGCAAGGCACUGUAGCGGCGAGACAGUGUCUGGUAGCUCAACUUUUGGAAAAUUGA